GCGAACAUCCUCACAGAAGAGCAAAACAGAAGCUCAUCUCUCUUGCUUCACACAACAAGAUCAGGGAUCAUCGAUCUACCAAUGGCUUCUCCCAUGGCGACCACCACCAAGAAUGCCCUGGUGCUCCUCCUCCUGGCGCUCCUCCCACUGGCAACACUGUCCUCCCGCGCCGGCCCUCCAUCCACGCACAAAAGCCAUGGCCCUAAGCACCCAUCGCCUCCUCCUCCUUCACCACCGGCGGCACUAGCCGCGCUGGUGCGCACCACCUGCAACUCGACGGCAUACUACGACCUGUGCGUGUCCACGCUGAGCGCCGACCCGUCCAGCGCCACGGCCGACGUGCGGGGCCUCUCGGCCAUCGCCGUCUCGGCCGCCGCCGCCAACGCCUCGGGUGGCGCGGCCACGGCCGCCGCUCUGGCGGCCAACGUCGUCGCCAACGCCACGGCGGGGCCCUCCACCGCCGAUGACGCCACCGUGCAGGCGCUGCUCCGCACCUGCGCCGCCAAGUACGGCCAGGCCCGGGACGCGUUGUCGGCGGCCAGGGGCUCCAUCGCGGGGCAGGACUACGACUACGCGUCGGUGCAGGUGAGCGCCGCCGCCGAGUACCCGCAGGUGUGCAGGGUGCUGUUCCAGCGGCAGAGGCCCGGCGCCUACCCGGCGGAGCUGGCGGCCAGGGAGGAGGCGCUCCGGCAGCUUUGCACCGUGGCGCUAGACAUCAUCACGCUCCUCUCCAACAGCAGCUAGAAGCAAGCUAAUAAGAUCCAUUCCCAUGCAUAUCCUGUCCGUCAUGUUAAGUAGUGAUACCGAUCUUAUAUCUUAAUUACUAUUUUACUUGAUUCAUUCAUGUACAAGUUAACAAGAUACUCGAUACAUGUAAAGGUUGCGUGUAAUGACACAGGUAUCAUGUUUACGAUUUUGG